AUGGAGAAAAGCUAUAGUUUUGUCUGCGAGUCUACUUUAAACAGUUUGAACUUGUUCUUGUUUUCAGUGGCUGGCCUUCAAUCUGCCGAACUGGCAACGCGAGUUUUCUUCCCUCGUGUUGGAAGUCAAAGUGCACAAGGUCAGCGUCCAACCUCUCUCGAUAUACUUACCAAUCAGCUGAGCUUAUCCGAGCGCAAUUAUCUCCGAGAAUGUUUGUCCCCGACUGCUCAUCUGCUGCCUGUGAUAUAUGCACGCCAACCUUCCUCCAACGCGAAUCCGGGGGCUCUGAUCGAAUGGCUUGUCAACAUUUUAACGAGAACUGGUCAGGAUUCCACUCCACAAAAAUCUGUCCUUUGCGAUCAGGUGACCAAAGGUGUGGUGGUAAAUGAUGUGAUCAUCUUUCGCCCCGGUACAGUCAGUGGUCAGAUGGCAUUGAAGGUCGCCGAACUGGAUUCUGGGGUGUUGACAGAGAUCGCACCACGCAUUUCGGAAGCCCUGGCGCGAUCUGUUCCCAACUUAGGAUUUCAUCUUAUGAAAAUCGGUAAUUUUUUCCACUGUUCCUCCCGUCCCUGA